AUGCUGCUGAGCCGCAACAUGCAACUACUGCGAUGCGCUUGGCCGGUGAAUAUGAUAGCGUCAAUGCGCGUGAACGAACUUCAAACCGUGUUAUCGAUGUUCAAAAUGCCCAAAUUGGGUAAGAAACAGGAGUUGAUCCAACGUUGUACAGAUUUGCUCCGCACGCCGUCCGUUCAGGCGCAGGUUGCGACUCAGGUGAAACUGAUGAUUGGGAAGGGGAAUCGAGUCGCGCCAUAUCCAAUUCCUGUUAGAGGUUACGUACCGAACGGUGGCAUGAUGAACGGCAAUGCUGGUGGAUACGGUGGCUAUCGUGGUGGCCAGAUGAUGCAUCCUAUGCCAAAUUCGUUACAUCACCAGUGCCGUCCUAUGAGACAUCUUGUUCCGAUUGAUCUUCCCUUCUAUGAUUGUCACCAGACAUUGCUCGAGCCGAUGGAGCUGCCGGCAGUAAUUUCGGGCGUUAAGUCGCCAUGCAAGUUUAGGUUUUUCCAAGUGCCUGGUGGUUACACUUCGCAAGAACUAGCCGACGAUUUUCCUUUAAACUGCAUGGUUCGUUUGGAAGAGCAAAUUGUGCAGUUACCGGCGGUAAUACCGACGAACAAGCCGAACGUUGAACCGAAACGACCAUCUCGUCCAGUUGAUAUCACGCAGCAGUGCUUGAAUGUAAGGGAUCCCUCGAGGCCAUUGCGACUGCUAAUUGAAUGGACCGGUGAUAAGCGAGUCUGGGCAGUUGCCGUGUAUCUAGUGUACCGUCUAACUUCGGAUAUACUUCGAGAUCGAGCCAUUGGAACCUAUACUGGUCCUACAUAUGGUAACAAAGAGGCUGUGGAUCACCAUCAAAAUGAACAUGUGACUAGGGACGUUAUCAGGUCACGACUCAGCGGUGGAAACGACGAUGACAUAGCGAUGGCGCAGUUGAAAAUCAGUUUAUUGUGCCCG